AUGCUGGAUCAGUAUCGCCGACAAAGACCCCCGGUGUUUAGAGGAAAAGUGGGAGAUGACCCUAGUGUAGCUGAGUACUGGAUGGAGCAAACCGAGAAGUUGCUCCAGCAUCUGCAAUGUAGUGAUGAGGAGAAGGUCAACUAUGCCACAUUCAUGCUAGAAGAAGAAGCUGGAAGAUGGUGGCAAUCGACUAAGCGGGCCCUGCAAAGGACACCCAGCUGGAAGGAAGAGAAGACUUGGGAAUUCAUGAAAUUGAGGCAGAUUGAUGAGAUGUCAAUAACUCAAUAUGAUGUCAAGUUUACCCAACUGAUCAGAUACAUUCCUAUGUAUGAAGCCGAUGAGUGGCAGAAGGCGCAGAAAUUUGUGGGUAGAUUGAAGGUGGAUCUUCAACAAGCUCUCAGCUCAUGUACGAUCAGCACUUACAACGAGGCGCUGGAUAGGGCUCUAACCACCGAGAUGAACCUGUUACACGUUGGACUAAUAAGAUCUGAUACAAAGAAAAGAGAUUCGAAAGGCACGGAGCAUAAGUCAGGGGGGAAAAAUUUCAAAGAUAGUAAACCGUGUCCUCGAUGCAAUAAAGAACACCCAUGA